CUAAAGCCCCAAUAAGGCCUUUUGUCAAUAAACCCAUUAGCCCAAUAAAAACUCUUCUCCUCUUUCAAUUUUUUGACGUUAAUUCAAUAAACAAACAAAUAAGAGUAUCAGACGUAACCGAAUCAAAAAAAAAUUGCUUUGAUCGAUCGGUAAAAUCUAAGAAUGGAUCCAAAAUCGCCGGAAUUUAUCAUUGAUCCGCCGCUUAAAGUCUUAGGAUUUGUGUUUGAAGAGCUCUCCGCCACCAGAGUCGCCGGCCACCUCACCGUAACUGAAAAAUGUUGCCAGCCGUUCAAAGUCUUGCACGGCGGCGUAUCGGCUCUGAUCGCUGAGGGACUCGCCAGUCUCGGCGCCGGAAUCGCCUCCGGUUAUAAACGCGUCGCUGGAAUCCAUCUCUCAAUUCACCACCUCCGACCUGCUGCUCUCGGCGAUAUCGUCUUCGCCGAAUCUUUUCCAGUUUCCGUCGGCAAAAAUAUUCAGGUGUGGGAGGUCCGGUUAUGGAAAACCAAGAAAACCGAGAAAACGGACAACAAGAUAAUGGUAUCAACAUCGCGGGUUACCCUCUUCUGCGGUUUACCUAUACCAGACCAUGUUAAAGAUGCUCCGGACGAGUUGAAGAAAGUUAUAUCCAAGUUGUAAUUCAAAUUGUAUCUCUCUUGUUGUUGGGAAUAAGAACAGUUUUAGUUUGGUUUUAUUGUAUGAUCUACCAAACGAUUAAAUAAACUGAUGUAUCAGCCUAUCAGGGAUGACAUAUAACUAUAAGUAAUAGAAAAUUGACAAGUUAUUGUGGGUUUAGUUUA